AUGACGCGCGCCCAGCAAACCGUCUCCGUCCUCCUCCUUGUCUCCUCCCUCUACCUCGUACUCUAUCUCGGCCUUGUCCCCCUGAACGAGACCGUCCAGACUGAAAUCAUCCCCGUGCUCCCCUUCUGGGCCCUGAUUGUCUUCGGGUGCUACCUCCUCGCCCGCCUGGGUGUCGCGAUCUUCACUUUUAACGACGUCCCUGAGGCACACGCCGAGCUGCAGAAGGAGAUUGCGCAGGCGAAGAUUGAGCUGCGCCAGGGCAAGGUCGAUGUAGACUAA